UGAACACGUCCUGCAGCUUGUUUAUCACCGGGAUGAGAGCCUCCAUGUUUGCGCUGCACCAAACAAAUCGCAAACAGCGGCUAGUUUCGUGAUGGAGCCAAAGUCAUUCAAUGUCCCACCGACAACACCAUUGCAGCGACACGCACAGGCUGGAGGAGAGGCGCAGUGUCUCAGUGUGCUGCUGGGAGGUGUAGUUCUCCUGCGGCAGAGAGCUACAGCUCAAACAGAGGGGGUGAUUCAGCUGUGGAUAAUUCGUGAACGCCUUCGCCAAGCCACCAUGUUACAGUUCCUGGCUGGCUUCACUCUGGGGAAUGUUGUGGGGAUGUACCUCGCUCAGAACUAUGAUGUCCCAAACAUAGCCAAGAAAAUUGAUGCCUUCAAGAAAGAUGUGGAGGCCAAGAAGAAGCCUCCAGAGUGAGCAAAGCUGCACCAUGAGGGAAAGAAGAACAGAUUGACUCUGUAGAGCAACUAUUUAUUUUACAGGGUUGAGAUAUAAUGAGUGUACAUUUGUUGAAAGGACUGAUAAUAUAUGUAUGAUAAUAUCAACAGUGCCUGGAAUAGUAUUUGCUUCCAUUAGUUUUAUAGGCACUUUCUCAUUGUAGCCUAUUUUCAUAAGAUAAAUUGUGCAAAGAGUGGAUUUAAAUAACAUAACUAGUAGGAUCACCUUAUGUCAGGUAUCUACCAUGGCUUUCUGGCCUUUUUGUUAUGUUUUGACUGACAUUACAUUACUAUCUUCAUGUAAGGUGGACAAAAUUAAUCUAAAUAAUCAAAUUAAUAUUUCAUGAGUGUGCAUUUGCUCUUUUUGUGUUGAAUUUAACGACAUUUAAGGAGAUUCUUUCACAAAGCUUUCAAAUUGUCAAAAACAGCUGCCAAACUUUUUAUGAUGUUUGUGUAAACACAAUUCUGAAUCAGUCAUUUUACAAUAAAGCUGAUGAUAAAGAAU